CGGGGCGCGGGGCGCGAGGGCCCGGCUGAGCCGACAGCCGUCGGAGCGAGACCCUGCGGCAGAGACGACGGAGGCGGAAGCAACUCGAUCCCACAGGCGGCGGCGGCGGCGGCGGGGGGAGCCGGAGCCGCCUGGGAUGUUCAGUCAUGAAACGAGUGCGCACCGAACAGAUUCAGAUGGCAGUGUCCUGCUACCUCAAACGCCGGCAAUACGUGGACUCAGACGGUCCCCUGAAGCAAGGACUGCGGCUGUCCCAGACUGCCGAGGAGAUGGCGGCCAAUCUCACAGUUCAAUCCGAAUCUGGUUGUGCCAAUAUAGUGUCUGCAACCCCUUGCCAGGCAGAACCCCAGCAAUAUGAAGUACAGUUUGGGCGACUGAGGAAUUUUCUCACUGAUUCUGAUUCCCAGCAUAGCCAUGAAGUGAUGCCUCUCCUCUAUCCUCUCUUUGUCUACCUCCAUCUCAACCUGGUCCAGAACAGUCCGAAGAGCACAGUGGAAAGUUUUUACAGCCGCUUCCAUGGAAUGUUUCUGCAGAAUGCUAGCCAGAAGGAUGUCAUUGAGCAGCUACAGACCACUCAAACCAUCCAGGACAUCCAUUCUAACUUAAAGCUUCGAGCAUUCCUAGAUAACAAGUACGUGGUCCGUCUCCAAGAAGACAGCUACAACUACCUUAUCCGCUACCUCCAAAGUGACAACAAUACUGCCCUGUGCAAAGUCCUCACCUUACAUAUUCAUCUUGAUGUGCAGCCUGCCAAGAGAACAGACUACCAGCUCUACACCAGUGGUAGCUCUUCCCGCAGCGAGAGCAACGGCUUAGAGCCCCCUGACAUGCCCAGUCCUAUUCUGCAGAAUGAGGCCGCCCUGGAGGUCUUGCAGGAGAGCAUUAAGCGUGUCAAGGAUGGGCCUCCCUCCCUCACUACCAUCUGCUUCUAUGCCUUCUACAACACAGAGCAACUGUUGAACACUGCAGAAAUCUCCCCUGAUAGCAAACUGCUUGCUGCUGGGUUUGACAACUCCUGUAUAAAACUUUGGAGUUUACGAUCCAAGAAGUUAAAAUCAGAGCCCCAUCAAGUAGACGUGUCCCGCAUCCACUUGGCUUGUGAUAUCCUGGAGGAAGAGGAUGAGGAUGAUAAUGCAGGCACAGAGAUGAAGAUACUGCGGGGACACUGCGGACCAGUGUACAGCACGAGGUUCCUCGCAGACAGCUCAGGGUUGCUCUCUUGUUCUGAAGACAUGACCAUCAGAUACUGGGACCUGGGGAGUUUCACUAACACUGUGCUGUAUCAAGGACAUGCCUAUCCUGUGUGGGACCUGGACAUCAGCCCCUAUAGCCUGUACUUCGCCAGCGGGUCCCACGACCGCACCGCCAGGCUGUGGUCAUUUGAUCGGACGUACCCGCUGAGGAUAUAUGCAGGACACCUGGCCGAUGUGGACUGUGUCAAAUUCCACCCCAAUUCAAACUACUUAGCUACAGGCUCUACCGACAAGACUGUCCGACUGUGGAGCGCUCAGCAGGGGAACUCGGUGAGGCUCUUCACGGGCCACCGCGGCCCCGUGCUUUCUCUUGCCUUCUCUCCCAACGGUAAGUACUUGGCAUCUGCUGGCGAGGACCAGCGGUUGAAGCUGUGGGACUUGGCCUCUGGGACCCUUUUUAAGGAACUGAGAGGCCACACAGACAAUAUCACCAGCCUCACCUUCAGUCCGGACAGUGGCUUGAUCGCCUCUGCCUCCAUGGACAACUCUGUGCGCGUCUGGGACAUCAGGAACACUUACUGCAGCACGCCUGCCGACGGCUCCUCCAGCGAGCUCGUGGGCGUGUACACUGGGCAGAUGAGCAACGUCCUGAGCGUGCAGUUCAUGGCCUGUAACCUCCUCCUGGUGACUGGAAUCACACAAGAAAAUCAGGAACAUUAAUUUUUAAUUUCGUUGGAGUGGGCUGGGGCAGUGGUGGAAGGCCUCCAAUUGCAGUCCUGCGACAAGCUGAGAUUGAAUCACUGGGUGACUGUGAAAGAGCCCCCUCUCCCCUUUCCCCUUUCUUCUGGACACUCAUCCCAGGCAGGCCCCCUCCACUCAGGCCCCCAGUGUUGAAGGACUGCAGGGAGACAGAGAGCGGGGGGAAGGUGGUGAUGGCUGGACACGAGAGCAAGAAUGAGGUGCUGUGGGGGUCAUUCCCAAGCUUUCACAGAGAUCCCACUGGGACCUGGCACAUGCGCACCUGCCUGCCUUGCCUCAUUUUCCUCACCUGCCUGGGGCUGGGUUUGGUUGGAGGACAGUUGCAGAGCACUCAGGAGAAGCUGUGCGACGAGCAUCACGUGUGGCCCAUCCCCGGGUGGAAGGGAGGUCCUUACAGGUGGAGGGAUGCUGGGGCGGGAACCAGGAAAGGGGAGGGAAUGGUCCUGGCAAAAAGUCUUUUCCUUUUCCAUAAUUACAGAGAACCAGGAUUUUUUUUUUAUUAUUAUUAUAAUUAUAAUUAUUAUUAUUAUUGAGAAGAAGAAACCUAGCACUGGCAGAGGGAACCUUCUCUGCUUUUACCUUUCAGGUUUGACUCCUGGCACUGGCUGUGAUACUUAGAAUUUUGAGGUUCAGGGAAUUCAGAGAAUUUGGUAGCACAGUGUAUUGGGAGAAAGGGAAAUUUCGGGUUGACAUGUUCCUGAAAGCGGGUGGGUGGGUUUGACUGCGAACAUUUUGGGCUCUUGCAGUGAUGGUGGGAAAGAGGGAUUCUUUCCAUGGCUGCACUUCAAUUAAUAAUUUUCUCCCCUGAAAAGAAAGAUUAUGAUAAAGAAUAAUUUGGAAUGAUGCCGCAAAAUUAAAUUAGAAAAAUGGUGAAUUUCCGAGUAACCGUUUCUACAGGGGUGUAGCUCUUUCAACAUCUUUUUGUCCUGUGAUGAUCUGCUCCCACCUCCUGCACUGCAAUAUCAGUUUAAUGAACACUUUGUGAAUCGUAAGUACAUACGCACGCAUAUCAAACUAUGCUCUGAGGAUAAAGCAAGUUCUAAUUGUGGAAAAAGGAUUAAAUAUUUCUGUUUUCUGAAAAGAGUUAUUUUGUAUUUUGUU